UAAAAUCAUCAGUAUGAACUUUUUCCCCUUCUACCUUUUAUCAGGUUCAGGAAACUGGGGACAUUGUCAUCUCAAAUGCCUAUGUGGACCUCCUACCAGCCUCUGGUGUUUUGGCCAAGAUGCCUUCAGAGGCUAGUGCCAUUGGCUAUAAGUUCCCUUCCUUUUCUUCUGAUUAUACACAACUGGAUACGAUCAUGUAUGCCCUGGGAGUGGGGGCAUCUGUCAAAGAACCAAUGGACCUGAAGUUCGUGUAUGAAGGAAGUUCUGACUUCUCCUGUCUGCCGACCUUUGGAGUUAUCUUGGCUCAGAAGACUUUGAUGGGUGGAGGACUGGCAGAGGUUCCUGGGCUUUCGGUUAACUUUGUGAAGCUUCUUCAUGGGGAGCACUACUUGGAGUUGUAUAAACCACUUCCUAGAGAAGGAAAAUUUAAAUGUGAAGCAUCUAUUGCUGAUGUCCUAGAUAAAGGAUCUGGCCUUGUCAUUCUUUUGGAUGGUAACUCAUUUACAGUUUUUACAACAAUAUUGUUAGAUUGAUAGGCAUUGUAUGUAAUGUAAUACUUUAUCAGAGAAAUUUAUUAAUAAAUUUGCAUUAUUUUCUGAUUUGUAAGAUGGCAAGGUAAGUAUUUAAAAGCUUUAUUGACUUUUUAAGAAGGAAGGAGGGGUGUAGGGAGCAGACUGGGGUAUGACUUAGGGGGAGGGUGGGGCAUUUUCAGUGGAUGAAAACAAUAUAACUAAAGCACAGAGGGGAGAAAUGUGGCUUCAGUACAAAUCAUAGAGGAGAAUUGUUCCUGCAGAAGCUCUCAAUUGCUAGUUAAGCCAUAUUGUUGAUAUUCUUUUCUGUGUUAGCUGUUUGGAACAUGAAGAAUAAUCCUGUGGUCAACAUGGUAAUUAGUGUUCUAGACUUGGAUAUUUAAGCCUGUUUUACUCAUAAUGUGGCCUAAACAUCAUAGUCACAUUUUAUCUGCAGUGAGAAAAAAAUUAUAGUAGUUUAAUAACUACAGAUAGAAAUCCCAGUAACUAAGCUGGGCGCCGGAGGCUCACGCCUGUAAUCCUAGCUAUGCAGGAGGCAGAGAUCGGGAGGAUCAUGAUUCAAAGCCA